AUGGCUGCGACUACGAGUAGCGUCGACGCUGAAUCAAAUAUUGGUAAAAACCUAAAUCUCUCUCGUGGAGUUGGGUUUGGGUCGCGGCUCAAUUUUGAUAUUGAAAAACUCGUUUCGCUUGGAUGGAAGUUGAACGAGAGAGAGAAUUCGAGUGGUGGACGUAAACGGAAAAUGGUAACAUUCAUAGAUCCAUCCGGGAAGAGAUUCAAGACAGGGAAAGACGUCGAAAGACAUAUGAAAGAAAUAAACCUUUGGGAUAAUGUGAAAUGGGAAAACAACGAUGACAAAGAUGACUUACGGAACGAAUCUUCCGAAGAGGAGAAUGCAAACGAAUUUGGAGCAAACCUCGACGAUACAGAUGUUGAGCAUGACUUCAGCAGUGACGCCAGCAUCCAUGAUGAUGACGACUAUACACUGGCAGAAGAAAGCUUUAACGCAGGAGAUCCGAUCAGCAACGAAGA